GGCAACCGUGGAACAAAAUACGGAGAUUAAUACGCAGUAUUUGGGAUGGAUAUUUUGAUUUGUCCUUUGUUUACUAGUAUUUUGAAUGCAAAUGCGACAGAUCAAUGUUAAAACAUAUGCCUGAAAUUAUUUAAUUGACGAGUUUUCACGUCAUAUGUGGUGGCCUAUAUUUUUGGUCUCAGAAAUAUAGUUCCACUGUAAACAACAUGGCUACCGGCUUGCAUCUCAAUAUAACAGCUAUUCGCAUUGCGCAUUUGUGUUACUUGAACAUGAAUGCAUAACUCAAUUUCACGGCUGUCAAAUACUUCGCAAGCAUAAUGCCUACUUUAGGUGCAGUUGUCAGAGCAGGUUCUAGACCUGUCUCUGUUCAAAUGACUUCUGGGGAUGAAUCAAUUAUGAAUCGGGAUAUAUUAUUGAACACCGUUCAACUUUUGGAGCCAAGAAAGAAAACAAAUGUUCCAAAUCAUCUGCUGGAGACGAAAAUAUAUUCCAAGGUUGGGCAAAAUGCUGCAGUUCACACCCGCCCAUCGACCAUUCAUUUUGAUGGCUUUGAAUUACAUAAGAAACAGACCAGGUCAUUUAAGAUUGUCAACGCUUCAUCAGAUGUGCUCAGAAUGCAUAUCAUCCCACCGCAGAGUAAAUAUUUCUACAUCAAAUACACAAAGUCGGAAAGGAUGGUGCCAGGCCUCACCCUUGACUGUACAGUAGAAUUUACUCCUGACGAGUGGAGAUACUACUAUGAUUGUAUUAGAGUCAACUGCCCGGGAGAAGAGAACCUUGUGGUACCUAUUCAUGCCUACCCUGUGAUGAGCACCAAAGACUUCCCCCACCACUUCUCAUUCUCUCCAGUCCCUGUGGGUCACAAAAUGUCCGAAGUAUUUCCUCUCUACUGUGGAGCUCCAGUAGACUUUGAGUUUCAGAUCACCUACAUCCAGCCAAGUGUUGCCUUCCAUAUCUCACCUAUGUCAGGUAUUGUGCCAGCUAACAGCAAGGCUGAAGUGACAGUAACAUUCAUGCCCCGGGAGUUCCAUACUGUCCAGGCCAAGAUACAACUGACCAUCUCACAGUUCAAUUCUAAACCCAUCAUCUGUACUUUCUCUGGACAUUCCUCACCUGGGCUUCUCAAGGAAAUAUCUGAAAGCAGCCAUGCAAAUUCAGAGGUUCUUGACCCCAGAUGCCUAUCUCCACUGGACCGUGCAAGAUCCAAACGGAAACCAUCAGUGAAUAAACAUGCCUUAAUGACACCAAAAAAGGAGAAAGAAUACCAGGGAAUCAAGUUCCCGGCUGUCAUAGAGAGUCCAUAUGCUGUUGCACAGGUUCUCAUCCAGGAACCAGGAAAAUUGCGGGCAAAAGAUAUGAGAGAAUCUAUCUUGACCGAGAAGGACACAAACAAGCCAUCAAACAGACAAAUGAAGGAAGCCCAAUUUGAACAUGAUGUUCGUCAAAAUGUGUAUGAAGAGAGGCAGAACCAACUGAGAUGGCAAAUACGACUCGGCGAGGUUCAGAUCUCCAACAAGAAGCGGACACAUGUCAUAGAGGACAGGUUGCAUGCCUGGGAAGACUAUAUGGGAGUUUUUCCCAAACUGUACAACAAGCGUGGUGACUGCGUGCCAGAGAGUGAGUAUAAGAGAACCUCCACAAAGUGCACUUCCAAGAGGACACUGAGAGAUGCAGAAGAGCUUGCAUCAGCUGAGACUAAGUUUGACCCCUACACCAACGAUAUGUGGGCAAUCCGACAUGCCUCUCUCAGUGUGUUCCGACAGGCAGGACGCAAGGUGAUUAUUCGAGCCAGGGCAAGCCAUAAACUUGCCUCCCUGAGAAAAGCCAUGAUAGACUGGAGCAAAAAGAAGUUUGCCUUCAAGGGUUUAGUGGGUGAGCAGCUGGAGAAACUGGAUGAGGAAGAGGACAGAGAAGAUGUGGCUCAUCACUAUAACUUCUGUAUCCAGGAUGUCAAGAAGUAUUCAUUCCCAACAUACAUACCUCCCAACAUUAAGGAUGAUAUGGCACCUGAUGCAUUAGGUGUGGUACCAUUCAAACCAACUGCAGUCUUUGUCAAGAGGAAAGUGCCUUACUUCAGUCUCAAGGUUGCAAAACAGUACUCCCUGCUCAGCUACAAGAAGCAUGAUACCCAGACUGCCUCUAGUGGAUACAUCUCACCCAAACUCACCCAACCUCUCCGAACUGGAGCACAGGAUGAGGUAAUCAAAUUAUCAGCCUUUGUAGGCACUGAGAGUUCCUAUCUGGAGGAGAAACCGGUAGAUGAUGUGGCACUUGAAGAUGUUACCGACUCCAGUCAUGAGCUUGCGGAGAGGACCAAGAAAGAGACAUUAUCUCCCCCGGAAGCACUAUUUAAACCCAUUGAAUAUCCUCCUCUUCAUAUAUUUAAUCCAGCCCCAGGGUUACAGGUAUUUCAGGCUCCCAUCCCAUAUGCUGAGGUUGACCCAGACUUCCAUCUGUGUCCCCUUCCCCGCUAUGCCAGGAAAGAUUUUACGACCAACCCUCAUGCCUCCACACAGAGACACUAUCUGGAUAGAGAGGAUGUUGUGCGUGGUGUAAUGGGGUGGAAGAAGUUCCCAUCUCAGGGUCUCACUUCCCUCAGCAACACCCCUACCCUCUCUGCUGUUUGGGUGGCCAGGUGGGAUGACCAGUUCGGUGAUGAGAUGCUGUCCAAAGAUGUUCCCGCGUUAUUUGAUGGUCUCCCCGAGGAUGACAUGGAAACCAUUGAGGAUGAGGAAAUGGCAGAAUCUAAAUCUCGGCUGUGUGGCAUUGACCUUACCCCAGAGAUGGUGAACGCUCAGUUCAAACUUAUAGAUGGGUCUCAGGCAUCAUCAUCAACGUCAGAUGACAAGUUGUCUAAUGACCUGUUCCCACAUGGCAACAAGAUGCCUUCAGCCAAUAUCCCAGUUGGACCAGCAGGACCAGUGCCAAGAUACAAGCGUGAAGAAGAACUUGAGUACUUCAUGACAAAGAAAUACAACCGUCUUGGUGCCAAGAUCACAGCUAAGACAGCAACACUCAACAACCUUGUAACAAACCAAGAUCUUAUGCUCAAUUGAUCACAUAUAUUGUCUGCUUAUCUCAUAAGUAUCUUUGUACAAUUAUUAAAUUCAGCACUAUACACGUUAAUCUGUUCAUUCAUGGAAAUAGAUUGUUAUUUUACUUGUCCUGGAAUGACUGUGAUUCAUCAUAAAUCUGUUUGUAGUAAAUACCCCUCAGGAUAUACAGAACUUACAAGGGUCUUACAGUCCCAUACACCAAUUCAAAACACUGUGUAACUAAUAAUAUAUUAUUUUCCAUAAGUGUUACAUGGUGGUGAUAUUUAUUCCUUUCUUUAGUUAGUGGGACAUUCUUCAUGUUAGUGUGUACAUACUGAUCAUACAAAUACUGGCUAUUUCCUAAAUAAUGUAUUGCCAAAUAAACACUUCACUAUGAUCAGUUAAGGUUUGAAAUUUUCCAUCUAUGAUGUUGAAAUCAUUUUUGGGUUUAAUAGGAAUUUCUUGUGUGUAAUAUAUACAUUCAUGAUUUACUUGUGAGUAGAGUAAACAUGUUUAAUUCCAUAAUUUUUACCAAUGUGGAUGAGGUUCUUGAGAGGCAUAUAGAAGUUGGUAUUCAAGUCAUUCACCUGACAAAGGGGCUAGGAAUAGCCCAAAAACGUUGUGUAUAUAUUUUAUCCUGCUUUUGACACACCCAGCUUGACCUUGUAAUAUUACUGUGUGACGUUACCAUCAGACAACAGAAAGUAAAAGUACUACAUUAUGCAUGCUCUAUACAUAACAUGUAUUUGCAUUGCAUGAAUACUAUUUUGUUGCAGGCAACUUUGAGUAUAUGUAAUAAUAGUAAUAAUUACUAUUUAAAGACUAAUUAACAGAUUCAGUCUGACUUUGUUACUACCAGUAUUGGACACAUAAAACAUGAGAGUGGUCAUCUGAAUAACAAUCUGUCCAAGUAAAUAACACACACACACACACACACACACGCACGCACGCACGCACACACACACGCACACAUGCAUACCACUCACUGCGUAAGAGCUAUAAUCUUGAAUGGGACAUUAAACCUGAUUUCACCUUGACUCACUUGUAUUAGUUUUGCAUGAAAUAUUGCUUGAAUUGUAGCUAUGAAAUGAAAUCUGGACAUAAGUAUAUAUAAUAUAUUGGGACAUCUGACAGUUUCUGUAGUUUAAGGAGUAUUAAAGUGAAUUUUAGAACCGUAGGGCUGUGUCAUCUCAAUUGCCUGAAAUGAAGUUAUUUGAAUGAAGAGUUUACAGUGAAAGCUUUAUCGAUCAUCCUGUAUUAAAUAUAUGUAGUAGUCAGUUGUGAAGCAAUGCCAUCUCUUAUCAGAUUUAUCCUAAAGUCUCUACUCGAAAUGCAAGGUGAGUGACAGAAGCUUAAGGUGGAAAUACAGUUGUUAACCUCACCUACCGGUUCGGAUUUUAAUGUACUUGUCAAUAACAUGACAAUCUGUUCACCAAUUAAAGUUUUUGUGAUACA